AGGCUCCAUGCAGGGAGUCUGAUGUGGGACUGGAUCCUGGGUCCCCAGGAUCACGCCCUGGGCUGAAGGCAGUGCUAAACCACUGAGCCACCCCAGCUGCCCAUAAAAACUUUUGAAAAAGAGACACACCGUGUCUCAUCGCACGCGCUCUCUAGUAGUUUGCACUGUGCUAUGCUUUCUCCUAACUGGUGCUCCCAGGAGGCCCCAUUGCCUGACGUCCUUCCCCACCUUCUCCAAGGCUUGAGCAUGGUCCUUGUGAGUUGGGAGACUUUUCCCCAAAGGGACACGGAGCUCACUGUAUUAUGUCUAUCGCUCUGCAGUUAGGUUUUGAAGGAGCGCAUCCCUGCCCCCCACCCCCCCCCGGGGUCAGGCACAGGGGCCUCGUGUGCAGCACAACAUGUCAGAAGGCCAGUUGGUCCCAACAGCCACUGAGCCCUUCACUGAUGCAGGACUUCGAUGCGAUUCCCUUCUGUUGCCAAAUCACAGGGUGGCGCUGCACAUCCUGCGGCCCUCACGCCCUGGGCCCUCCCACCCAAGGAAAGGUCUCCGUGUGGGCACCUUGAGACAGGGACGUGUGGUCAAAUUCAAGGGGUGAAGCCGCUAAUGCAGGGAGGUGCUGUCAAAACUCAGCUGACAAGCGGCCCUGGGAGACUGACCCCUCCCACUUGAGAUCCUUGUAUUGAUCCAUAUUUUUUUGAAAAUUAAUCCCCUAAGAUUAUUUCUUUAUUGGAUACUUUGUCUGUUUAAGAGACAGGCAGAGAAGCAGGGAGCGGAAGAGGGAGACACAGGCUCCUCAAGCACACUCGGCCCCAAGCGCAGAGCCUGCCAGGGGCGGGAUCUCAGGAUGCUGAGACCAUGACCUGAGCCACAACCCAGUCAGAUACCUAGUGACUGAGCGGCAGGCGUCAAGCCCCGUGUUCCUGCUGUGGGCAUUCCUGCCCCCCCCUGCCCCCCGUCCCCCGCAGCCACUGAGAGCUCGGGCUUUGGUCUGCGCUCCAACUCCCAGGUGGUCUGGAGGCUACAGUGCAGGCUGCACGUCUCCUCUGUCCCACCUCAGGCUGAAAGGGCCUCAGCCCUGAGAAGGAAUCAUAUCUGCCCAACCACCCCCAGCCGGAGGGAGCUGCUGGAGCAGCAGGUAGAAGAACUGGUGCCUGCCUUGCUGCGCUUGGACAAUCCAUUCCUAUUUGAAUUCCUAAAAUGUUUUGGAGGAAUAUGGCAGCCCUGAAGAGGUGCUGGACCUGCUGUUUGCAAAGUAUCGAUGCGUUGUAGCUUCCUGUAAGAAGGAAGGAAUCCUGGACCAGUGGGAAAUGUGAGUGAGCCCUGGCUCAUGCAGGGGAGCCUUUCCCUCUCCAGGAGGGCCACGAGGGGGCUGUGGGCUGGAGGGGCUGCUGGAUCCCCUCACCUCACACGUCUGCAAUUCCUGUGACAGGACAAAGGUCUGAGGCCCCUUUUCCUCUCAGGAAAAGAGCAAAGGAGAGCUGUGGGUGGGGUGCGGGCUUUGUGGGAGAGCCCUGGGACGUCAAAGGGAGACCUCCUCCAUGCCCAUCCCCCCAACCCUCUGUUUGCCCCACACCUGGGACGCAGAGCAGAGGGUGUGGGGAGCAUCGCACUCACCAAAUUGGUGGCACCUGGACCCGGGUGCACGGCAGGUGCUCAGGAGGGCCAGUGAGUGCUCACGGACCAGACGGCCCCCGCCCCGUGGGAGAUUAGAGUCAGUGGAAGGACACCCCCUGGGGGCCCCUCGUGAGUGAGGCAGGGCAGACCCACGGGAGGGAAGGUUCCCCGGGAAAGACAGUGAUGGUCACGCCGCUGGUCAUGAGCUCCCACGCACAGAGGCUUCGUGCCAGCCCCUCCUCAGUGAGCAGGCCUGUGGCAGGCAGGACCGCCAGGUGGCAGGUGGACAAGGAGCAGCACUGGCCUCCGACAGCCCCAAGCGGGAGGCUGGGGGCCCCGUUCCUGCAGGGCUUCCCCAGGACACCUUGGUGUGAGGGAGCCCUGUCAUCCAAUGCCUCUGCCCAUCCGUACCUCCAGCUCCAUCUCCUGCAUCCUGGACAUCUGGCUGGACUACUAUCGGGAGGAUUUCAUCAGCCACCGGAAUUUCUCUCCCUGAGGAAGCUGCUGGCAUUCAUGGGGCUCAACACGCCAGGCUCAGACCUGGAAAACCGGGCCCAGCAUUACCUGGAACGAUUCAGCUACCUGGAGCUCGUGGAAUUAGACGAUGAGGAUGAGGAGGACUGGGGUGGCCGAGCUGGGGACAGGGUGGGCCACACAGACCCAGCCUCCGUGCAGCUGGGCCGGGAGCACAGGCUUCGGACACUGAGCAACACGCUGACCACCUCAGGAGCCUACCCCAGCCCUGACUGUGGGGCCUGCUGCACCUUCAGGGCCUGAGGUGACCGAGCCAGUCCCGGCUGCUGGAGGUGAGGGCUUGGCCCGAGCUGAGAUGCUGGCUGCUGAGUCCAAGUCAAUGAAUGUGGUUUUGGCACCUAUGAUUCCCCACCCCGAUGAGGAGCCACCUGCACCCUUGGCCACCCGGCGGAGGAGUAGGCCCUGACACUUGCAGUCGGGGUCCCCAAAGUGCCAGAGCCGCCACCUGCCUCUGGAGCAACUGGCUUUGACCCCUGAGCAACCCCCUGAACCACCUCGGGAGCCGCCCCAGCUCCUACCGCGGGGCUCCUGAUGGCUGCAGCCCAAUGGAGGCUUCCCUCCCCAGCAUUGCGCUGUUUCUAUAUUUUGUUUUCCUUUAACCUCUAUAAUGGCUUAUGAAUUUUAUUUGUAAUUAAAGAUAAGUUAA